CCUCCUGCUCCGGCACCGGAGCCGCACGGCCGGGACAGCGGGUCUGCGGCGCCGGAGCUCCUUCCCCCGCGGCUUCUCCCCCGCUGCCGUCGGAGCGGGGCGGGAAGGCGGCGCCACCGUCGUGCGUGGCCCCGGCACCUGCCGCGAGCUGGAAUGCUUGCUGCUUUCCCUACAGGAUUAUAAACUUUGACAUUCAUAAGAGGAAAACUGAAAGAUGCCUUCUGAGAGGUGCUUGAGUGUUCAGGAAAUGCUGACAGGUCAGAGGCUUUGUCAGUCCAGCUCCCAUAAUGAUGCUGUCCUGGCAGCCCUGAACCAACAAAGAAGUGAUGGCAUACUUUGUGAUAUCACCCUUAUUGCUGAAGAACAGAAAUUCCAUGCGCAUAAAGCAGUUCUGGCAGCCUGCAGUGACUACUUCAGAGCAAUGUUCAGUCUCUGCAUGGUUGAAAGCGAAGCUGAUGAGGUGAAUUUGCAUGGUGUCACAAGCCUUGGUUUAAAACAAGCACUGGACUUUGCAUAUACUGGACAGAUCCUCUUGGAACCAGGGGUAAUACAGGAUGUCCUAGCAGCUGGGAGUCAUUUGCAGCUACUGGAGCUUCUCAGUUUAUGUUCUCACUAUCUCAUUCAGGAAUUAAAUAGCUUUAAUUACUUGGACCUGUAUAAGCUUGCGGACCUCUUCAACCUCACUUUGUUGGAGAAUGCAGUGGUUGACUUCUUAGUAAAACAUCUGUCUGAGCUAUUGAAGAGUCAUCCCGAAGAAGUUCUGGCACUCCCAUACUGUCUCCUUCGAGAGGUUUUUAAAAGUGAUAGACUCACUUCACUCAGUGAAGAACAAAUCUGGCAGCUGGCUGUGAGGUGGUUGGAACAUAACUGCCACUACCAGUACAUGGAUGAACUUCUCCAGUAUGUCCGCUUUGGCCUUAUGGAUGUGGAUACACUGCACACUGUAGCUCUUUCUCAUCCUCUUGUGCAAGCUAGUGAAACUGCAACAGCACUUAUUAAUGAGGCCUUGGCUUACCACCAGAGCGUCUAUGCACAGCCAGUUUGGCAAACCAGAAGGACAAAACCACGCUUCCAGUCAGACACUCUUUACAUAAUUGGUGGGAAAAAACGUGAAAUCUGCAAAGUGAAGGAAUUGCGGUACUUCAAUCCGGUAGAUCAAGAGAACGUUCAUAUCGCAGGGAUCGCAAACUGGAGCGAGCUAGCGCCUAUGCCUGUAGGGAGAAGCCACCACUGUGUUGCUGUCAUGGGAGACUUUCUUUUUGUAGCUGGUGGAGAGGCAGAGCACUCUACAGGGCGCACUUGUGCGGUGAGAACUGCCUGUCGAUAUGACCCCCGCACUAACUCUUGGGCUGAGAUAGCUCCAAUGAAGAACUGUCGGGAACACUUCGUGCUGGGAGCAGUGGAUGAAUACCUCUAUGCCGUAGGGGGCAGAAAUGAAUUGCGUCAAGUGUUACCUACAGUGGAACGCUAUUGCCCCAAGAAGAACAAGUGGACCUUUGUACAGUCCUUUGAUCGAUCGCUCUCAUGCCAUGCAGGAUAUGUGGUGGAUGGUCUUCUUUGGAUAUCAGGUGCUGUGAUGGGCAGUGUGUAGCAGAGCGUGAUGGAAACAGUUUGAAAAGACUACAUCUCAUCCGAGCUGUCGCUUAGCUUGUAAGCAUCCCUGAGCUGGGAGCUUGUGCUACCUACCGUGCCUGUGCUGGCAGAGAUGCACCCAAGUAACAGUGUUAUUCCUCCCUGCUACUGUGGUUGAAGACAAGACACUUGGUUGUCUGUAGUUUCUGCUACAGAUUCUGGGCCUCACUGAAGUUAUUUGGAGUGAUCAGAGUACAUUUCUGCUGGCAAGUAGUUCAGCCCAGUAGGAGCAGAUCAGCAGAUAACACUUUGGUGCCGAGUUCUCUAUAUCAACUCCAUGUAUCCUUCACAGUUUUUGCUUUGGACUAGAUUUAUUGUGGUCCUCUGGACCAGAUAUUCCCAGUACUCAGCUUGUACAAAACCAUCUGAAAGACCAGUUAUUAUUUCACACCCUUAUGCCCCAUUAGGCACCGCUGUACAUCUGGAGCAGAACUCCUGGUUUAACUUCAGUGCACACUGGUCCCACCCUACAGCCUAAAAUGACAUGCGAGAGGUGGGGGAGUUGCUUCAAAAUCGCAGUAUAGCUCUGAACCAAAAUGCUGAGCUAGGUGCAGCUGGAGGGUGGCAAAAUGAGGAUUCCCCAGCAUGGAGCCAUGUUAACAUUGGUUGGAAAUAAAAGAAAAAAAACCCACAGUGGCUUUAGUAGGACUGGGCCAUAGCUCAGUCAGCAGGAAUUAAAGCAGCUCUGUUGCUGCUCUCUCUGAAACAGGGGAUGUCCUCACAAAAAGGGAAACAUCAACAAAUGUUUCAUCAACAGAUGAAAUUCCUUCCUCUCAUUACUGUGGAUUUUGUCCAUCGUUGACAAGUGUGGUUAAAACUAUGAUAUAGAAAGUUUGUCUGUCUAUACGAGUUUCACUGGUGCGUGGCCACUGGCAUGCCCUCAUUACGUCCAGACUCUCUGGUAGGAUGAAAGGUGAGGUGCAGCUUGCACGUGUUAUUUCUGAUCCCAUCUUCCCAUGGGCCCGGGGUGGUGACAGAGGGGGCAGUGGGACCUGCAGCAGCACUGCAGUGAUACCGUGUCCCUCCCCAGGGGGCUUGAGCACACUCAAGAACAUGGUUAUGCAGGUAAGAUUACAGACUUGUGACAGAAGAGUUUUUCUACCAGUUUACUCAGUGAGAUUUGCCAUUUAAACCCAGUAGAGACCAGGAUGAUCAGGCAUUAAACGUGUACUGUGUUGAGGUAGAUAGUUGGUCUGCAGCAUCUACUUGGGUCGGAGUCCAUUCUGGAUUUUUCUGAAGUGCUUUUUACCUUGGUUUCUAAACAUUAUUGAAAAGUAAAUGGUAGUGUUGUUUCUGGUCACUAUGAAGGAACCUCCUAACACAGUAAGUCUGACUAAGACAGAAGAUGUUCUCCCUAUGAUACAGACUAAAUAUAGGAUUUCCUUCAAAUAUAUAGGCAAACACAGUCACACAGGUUUGCACUAUGCUUUCCAGCUGGCAGUAGUGUCCCACGUCAUGCUUCUGGUUAGGCAGAGCUCCUCUCUGACCGCUUCCUUCUCUCUGAUACAAGCCUUACCUCCUCCUCUUUUAAACCGCGUCACACUUGCACACUCCUUGGAACAGGGACAGGGUAUAUCUUCGCAUCUUGAUGAGGUUUGAAUACACAGUCAUUUAUAAACAUAACAAUUUUUAUCUCCUCUUUAGCACAUAGACUUAGUUUUACAAAGGAGGGGGGGGGGGGGGAGCUGUUUGUUAUUUUGUGGGUUUAGAUGUUUGACAGAUAUCCUACUUAUUACCUUGCAACCGGAAUAAAAAAUGCAAUGGAAUGUAAGCAUAAGUGGUGGUGUGCAAUGUAAUUAUGUCAGCAAAUGAACCCUAGAGUUAGUUAUUUUUCUGUACCUGAUCUGAUCUGGUUUUGUUUAUACGAAAAAAACCUAACCUGUAUAAACUUUGCCUUUAGGAGGAGUAACAAAUACUGCACAGUAUCAGAACAGGCUCAUG